UAGCGGAGCCGCCCGCCGGGGUCGAGGAGGAGGAGGAGGAGGAGGACCGUCCCUCCCAGGAAGACACCAGCCUCCCGUCUCCGCCUCCUGCCCCCUCCUGCCUCGUCGUUGAGGGCCGUCCCGGGGAGCAGUCCGAGGUCUCUCCUCUCGCAUUGGACCUCGUCUCAUCACUCGCUUCCACCCAGUGUGCGGCUUAGCUGCCCUUAGCCUCCUCAACAUCUGGUACCCGUUGCUUUUUGCAAAGCGAGACGCAAACCAGCCAACGAGGAGGGUUUCCUCCGCUGCAGCCAUUUAAACCACACUGCUUAUUUGCAUCCAGAAAGAGUCGUGGAGAAACACACACGCACACACACACACACAAUUCAGAGAUUCAGACAACGUGACUGCAUGUCGUGAGGAGACUGGAAACCGUGAAGACGCCUGAAAUAAGCAGCAGAAAGAGAGAAAACACCGCUUCUUGAGGCUGAUGUAGGAUUUCACCCUGAGAUUCACCCGGCACCUCAAGGUUUUCCACAGAGGAGGAAGCCAGACUCCUCGUCGGAUACGGACGCACCGAAAUCCCGGAAUGACCCCCACGUGCACACGGACAUUUGAUUAGAGAAUAAAUAGUCAACUUUACUGGAAGCUGAGGUUUGUGCCUUAGGGGAUUCAGACACACAUAGAAAAAAAACAUCAAAAGCACAAAUACAAAAAGGAAAAAGUUGCGCAUGCAGGUGAGCUAAGCAGGUGUUCACGGGCCGUCAAAUGAACGCGGGCAGAGCUGACAGAUGGCUUGAAGCGGGCGCUGCAGGGGUCCUACCCUCGGAUUACAGUUUAGCAAAGGAGAGCUAAGCAGCAGUCACCUUAAGCUCAACAGCCCCACGAAACGCAGUCUGUCAGGCCAAUAGGAGACGCAAAAAAAAAAAAAAAAAAACGCACUCACAGGCUGCCACAGCUGUAGAACACAAUUAAAUUAUUGCAUCUGGCGGACGGUGUGCAAACCUGCUUAACACCGCGCAGAUAUUAAAUGACGCGUGCACACACACACAUGCGCGAGCGCUCUGGGUCGCGGGACAGAUGCUACACCCUCCCUUCCUGCCUUCGUCCUCUCAAAGCCAGCUGGAGAGAAGAUGAGAUUUGGGGCUGAUUGGUUUUGUCUUUUUUUUGUUUUUUUGUUUUUUUUCCGCAUGUCACCCCAUGCCUUCACACUUUCUCGGUGCAGCCUCGUCUGAGGAUAAACCGCCGGUGUAAAAGCCACUAAUCAGAUACAUAUCAACCAAUCUUCUCAUGAUGCUUUAACUGUUUUUCUUUUUUAACGGCUGUUUUUGUUUUUCUGAGAUGAGCAAUGAAAGGACUUAGUCACUUUUGGACUGUGAAUUAUGGAUGCGAUUUGGCUAAAAAAAAACAAAAAAACCUGACCUGCAAUCAUCUGCUUUAGAUUUUUUUUUCUUUUUAAUCUUUAAACUUUUUAUCCCAACUUUUUAAAACUUUGUGUUGAAGAAAGCACGCAAAACAGAGGAGCGCCUCGAGAUCAGCAUGACUUCUUUUCUGCGAGUAGCUCUCGGCGCCUCAGCUAAAUAGUCAGAGACAGACAAUGGAGUGAAAAGGGAGACCUUGAGACGGAGAGGGACUGGGUGAGGUGAAUCUCGACUGACAAAAGAGGUGAAAAAAAAUAAGAAAAGACUGCAGAUUACGGAGGAGCUGGGUAGAGGAGGAGAAAAAGAGGAGAAGAAGAAGACGGGUUUUUUUUUGUUGUUUGUUUUUAAGAAGCCACGAUGGAACACACUUCUGGCCAGACCUCCUCCCUCCUACUGCUCCUCCUCUCGUCUUCCCUCCCUCUCUCUGCUGCUCUCCACUAGUCUGCAAGCUUUCCUCAGCUACGUCGUUUCAGUGCAAAGAGAGAGAGAGAGAGAGAGAGAGAGAGAGAGAGAGAGAGAGAGGAGGAGACGGCAAAAAGGAGAGGAAGCCGAGGCGAGCUGAGCAUUCACACAGAUGGCAGAGAGGACGAGAAAGACCUGCUGCUGCCGCUGCUGCUGCUGCUGCAUCCGUCCGCUGGAUUUCGCCGGAGAUGGACACCGCAGUUAGUCAAAUAAACAGAGGGAGAGGGAAGUGAGAGGUGGACGUAUAUGCGGAGGGACGGCAGAUUACAAGGGACGGAAAGUUAGAAAGUGUAAAAAAAAAAAAAAAAAAAAAGAGGAGGCAAGGAUGAACAAAGGAUAGAAAGCUGAGACUGUGCUUCAGCCUGAAGGAGAGAUCUCCUCAUAUCGAAGGAAGCGGAGGAUUUCUGAAGCGGUCAGGCUACAGCUGUGUGUUAUUCAGCUGCGACCCCUCUGUGUGUGUGUGUGCGCACGUGUGUGUGUGUGCGCACGUGUGUGUGUGUGUGUGUGUGUUUUGUUUCUGUGUGUCAGCACAGGGAGGGAGGGAGGGAGGGAGGGUAGGAGGGAGAAAAUCCAGCGGGAGGAAAGAGAAAGAGCGAGAGCGCACAGCUUGACUGUGAGACAAAUUGACUCUGACACACUGUCUUCCAUCAUUGUGUGUGUGUGUGUGUGUGUGUUUAUUUAUUUAUUUGUGUUACUGCUAGUGUGACACAGAGUGUGUGUCUGUGGUCCGGGGUGACAGUCAGGUGGCUGUUCCAGUCACGCUGACCAGGCCUUGGUGGUCGUUGCGUAGAGGUAGAGGGGGUAGAGGUGGUGGUGGUGGUGGGCUGGGGACAGUGGCAGGCCCAGGGGUGGGGGCAUGGCCAUGGGGGGGCCGCAUCCCGUCCUCCACCCUGCACCGGGACAGGCGCUGGGGCUGGGGUUCCUGGGGCGGGGGUCCAUCCAGGGGAGCUCCCAGACUCUCCGAGCUCAGGCCCUGGAUGAGCGGAGGCUUGGUUGUAGGUGGAGGUAGUAACGGGGGAGGAGGAGGAGGAGGAGGGGGAGGUGGGGGAGGAGGGGGGGAGAAAGGAGGCAGCAGGGUGCGAUGUUCCCGCAGGAUCUGGGUUCUCCUCGGCUCCCUGGUGCUCGUCUUCCUCACCUCGCUCUUCGUGUCGGUCUCGCUGCGCGGGGGGGUCAGCUUCAACUACCUGGAGCCGCCCGGGUGGGAGGAGUCGCGGCGGGUGAAGCUGGUGCCCAGCUACGUGGGCGCGCACCAGCUGUCACACCCCGACACCCAGCAACAGAAGACAUGCGCCUGCCCGCGCUGCGUCGGAGACCCCGGCGUUUCUGAUUGGUUCGACGAGAACUACGACCCGGAUAUCUCACCGGUCUGGACCAGAGACAACAUCCAGCUGCCCUCUGAUGUCUACUACUGGUGGGUGAUGCUGCAGCCCCAGUUUAAACCCCACAGCAUCCAGCAGGUGCUGCUGAGACUGUUCCAGGUGAUUCCCGGGAGGUCGCCGUACGGCUCGUGGGACCCGGGACGCUGCCUGCGCUGCGCGGUGGUGGGAAACUCCGGAAACCUCCGCGGGGCCGGAUAUGGGGCGACCAUCGACGGGCACAACUACAUCAUGAGAAUAAACCUGGCCCCGACGGUGGGCUACGAGGAAGACGCGGGCAGCCACACCACCCACCACUUCAUGUACCCGGAGAGCGCCAAGAACCUGGCGGCCAACGUCAGCUUCGUCCUGGUCCCCUUCAAAACGCUGGAUCUGGUCUGGAUCACCAGCGCCCUCUCCACCGGCCAGAUUCGAUUUACUUACGCUCCAGUGAAGCAGUUCCUCCGUGUCGAUAAAGAUAAGGUUCAGAUCUUCAACCCUGCGUUCUUCAAAUACAUCCACGACCACUGGACCAGACAUCAUGGACGCUACCCCUCCACUGGCAUGCUAGUGCUUUUCUUUGCUCUGCACGUCUGCGAUGAGGUUAACGUGUUCGGUUUCGGGGCAGACAGUCGAGGAAACUGGCACCACUACUGGGAGCAAAACCGCUACUCCGGAGAGUUCAGGAAGACGGGCGUCCACGACGCAGACUACGAAGCCCAGAUCAUCCAGCGGCUGGCCAAGGCCGGAAAGAUCACAGUAUUCCCUGGGAAAUAACCAGCACAUAAAUGUAUAUAGAAAUACAUACGCGUAUAUCUAAGGUUUCAUGUUAGAAAGCUGGUCGGCAAAAGACUCCAUACAAGCUGCUUACAGUGUGUUAGAUAAUCUUUCACUGACCUGCACCAGUUUAGGUUCCCAGUUGAAGUAAAACCCAAUGAAGGUGAGAAGGAAAAUGGUCAUAAGGUAAACUCAUACCAAAAUAUCUUACUCCAUUCACUUUCCCAACUAACCUGACAUCUGGGAAGUUUGCAAAGUUGGAGAUCUUGACGUGAACUCGUAGAAACCAGGAAACACUUUGAUCCCAAUCUCACUUUGACCUAAUCAAAUAGAGUUUUACUUCACAGUCUAAUUAAGGGCUGAAGAUUUCACCUCUAAUCCCCAGAAUUAGGACUGAAAGACGGGGCUGCUCUUCUCUUUCCAAGGGCACCACGAACUCGGGAGAGAAAAACAAACGGUGGUGGGGGAGGGAGGGCGGGCGUUGGACAGAAGGAAAACUCAGCCAACGUCCAUAAAAAUCGACUUUGACUGUGUGCAGCGCGGAAGGCAGCUGUAGAAGGGAGGAUCUCAUGAACAAAUGUCCCAGCUUGGACUAAAUCCUCCUGGAUAAAUAUUCCUCUUGGACGGACAUUUGAUCUUCAUUUAUGCUCCUCACUGACUGAGUGGAUCUAGUGGACUGUUAUUCCACGUUGCUCAGUAGCCAAGUGGCAUCUGAUACUCACCUUCUGAGAUGUGGACGUGCAGACAAGAUUAAAACUAUGGAGCUAUUCGGUGCGAUUUAACCGUCGUUCUGCUCAGAUCCUUUCACACUCAUAACUCUACUUUAUGUGAGACAGAGACACAAGGACGUUGUCUUGGUUGCUUAUAAGACUGUAGUUGACUGCUGUCCUUUAAAGCCCCUGGGGCGUCAGCAGUCUCAGCUAGGCUUUAGCAUCACGCAGCCGAGCCACAGAAACAAGACCUUUCAGCCAGUCUGACUCAGAGAGAAACACUAACAGCACUAAGCAUGAGCUCCAGCUUCUGCAGCUUGCUUUUAAAUGCCACAGCAACCACAGGCCCAGCCUCUUUAUUCACCACCAGACACACCAGAGGAAUGUCCUGGAAGAGUGUUGAUUUGACUGUGUGGGACUCUAAUGAGGCCAAAAGUCCACCUCCUGGGAUUUCAUGUUUGGAUGGAGGCAUGCUGGUUUCUGGACUAGACCCUAAUCCCCAUGUGGUCUGUCAGGGUCUAAUUUGGGAGAGGAGGGCAGCGCACAGUGAGCUGUGGAACCAGUCCGACAAAGCCAGCAUGAGAAACACAUCAUUUGCUCCGAUGUUCGUUCAUGAGGACGAAAACGAAAAAGAAGUUGGUCCGCCGCUCGUGCACAGGAACUGGCACAUGUAGACACAAUCUGGGUUCACCACUCUGGUUUGGAAAGGAUGAAAAUGGGCUAAAAAGGGAGCUCGCUCUGCUUUUUUUCUCAAGAACGCUCCACCUGGACGCCCGCAUCCCAGCGGAGCUCGAGGCUGUCAGGAGCAUGGCACCCCCAGUUUAAGGCCCUCGUGAUGGGGUGAAAGAAAAGAACCCACGGGAUCAUUAACCACUAGCCCUGCUAGUCCCUGCUCAGCCAAUUAAAACUUCAGCUGUGUCUGGAGGGAGGUGAAACCCCCCAGACGCCUUAGACUUCACCUCCGAAACUAUAAAGCUGCACUUCCCGUUCUUUUCAUGAGUAUGAUGAUGAUGACAUAUCCUUCCUUGCAGAAUGCACUUAUCGUUGUUCAGCUUUGAGUUCAUGCCUUGGCUUGGUUUACGCCUUCGGCUCAGAUUAGAUUCCCUUUUUCCCACCCAGGUGGCACGUUGACGGGGCCAUUUAUUCUCGUCAAAUAUGAUCCACUUACACGCUCGCAUCCCUGGUUCUCGACAUCUUUGACGAGAUUACGUGAACAAAUAUUGGUCAAUGAAAAUGCACCGACCGAAAGAUCACUGGAUUCAUGAGUAUUUAAUCUGAGCCGAGGCUCUAAAUCCAUCCAAAUGUGGCAGGAUGAAGACGUGUUUGUAGAGAAGCAGCUGGUAGCUGAAAGGAAAAGUGCUCAGGGUUCCUGUACAUGUCUAGAAAACAUGGAAAUGAGUUGUUCUUCUUACGAGGUCCAAAAGUGUAACUGCCCCUUUUACGCUGAACAAAUAUACGUAUGUCUUGGUUUGAAUCAUAGACUGUAUAAAUGUGGACAGCUUGUCCCUAAUUCCUUACAAUGGCCAAACUGACAUCUUGCGACUUUACUCACUAAAAAGAAACUUAUACAAAGAAUAGACACUACCUAAAAUGACGUUCGACCCUGGAGCUUAUGACCUAUACCAGACACCAGCCAGACACCAGGGGGAGCUCUACUUGCUUUCCAUCUUUAUACAGUCUACGGUUUGAAUGAUCGGUUUUAUUGUCUUAGCUGUUACUUUAAUAUCGUGCUUUAAGAGAUCUGACUUUUAAAACUUGAUUUUAAUUCAUAUUAUAGGUCAAUAUCACUGACUGAGGUCACAGGUUAUAUAAAGCCCAUGAACACUUUUAAAAUUCAAGUGUCAAAGAUGUAUGGCUGAAUGAAACACAAUUUUAAAUUGAAGAUGCCCUGUGGAGUUUCUGACUACUAAGGACAUUAUGGAUCAAUGUCUUUAGAUGUUUAAAAUAUAAAGUAAUAUUCUACACAAGCAAUUAAAGAGGAGGAGAAGAAGACUGCUAAGAGGUAAACAUGGAUGGUUUGUGAAUGAUUCAUGAGUAUUGUAUUUUGCCUAUUUUGACUCUAAUGCGUCACAUUAGAAAAAACAAAAACACUCCCUUGAGGUGGUUUCAACCUUUUAGUAAGAAGAGUAAAUGCACAUAAGAGGAGAAGAAAAUGUUUUAUAAAAGAAGAAUAAUCAGAAGUUAAGCUACAAAAAAUAUAAAAAAUAUUCAAGUCCCUCGGUUUCUUUCUUCUUUUGUCAUUUUUGUUGUCACUUUUACUUCCUCUACUUCUUGUCUUGUGUUCAUUACAGCUGUGUAUAGUAUAGCCCUUCCAUUGACGCUUGUUUAUUUGCUACACAUCAGCUGAUGAACAUAAAAAGCAUUGCUACUGAGUUGUGAUGAGUAAGACAGAAACUCCACAGGGCACCGUUAGGUCAUUGAAACUGCGUGCGCAUGUUUCUGCACUGCUGGCUGAAAAAAAAAAAUUCUGUUUUUGAUUACGUUUUUACAAAGCUGGUUCGUGCACAGAAAAUAUCUGACCUCACCUUUAUCCCAAAAGGGGUGAGCCCACUGUAGAAAAAAAAAGAAGUCAAAACUGUUACAAAGCAAAAUGUUAAAUAAUAAUUUUAAAAAAGACUUUUAAUGCUGCUUUUAAUACUAGGAGAGAAGUUACAGCUUGGAGUCGGUGGAGUUUUUCUUACACAUGGAAUAAAAGAACAAAUGUUUCCGCGGUAACAAGGAGAAUAAAUUAGCGAACCGAAGCCGAGUAUGAACUAUGAGCACCAGCCGCUUCGAAAAGACACCUGUGGAUGAACCCGAGGUGAUGAGAACUGUGCCUGUGUCUCUGGAUCAUGCACUGUUGUAACUACAUGUAUUAUUAUUAUUAUUAUCAUCAUUGUAUCUUAUCUGCACUCACGCUCAUGCUUUUUGUGCCUUGUCCUGUUGCUGGACAUCUAUCAUCUACAGCUGCUCCUUUGGCAACGCACACCUGCUACCUUUGCAUUUUGUUUUUUUUUUUUUUAUUCAAACACACACUGGUUAAGAGCUGUGCCUUCUGAGCUCAAUAAACACACAAACAAACACAUAGUAAAACACACACACUCUGCCUUCUGCUCGGGGUGGCAGAUGCCUCCCACUCUUACCACUUUUUCUUUUUUACAUUGUUUUUGCAAAGCUCGCCGCUGGCUGAAGGAGGGGAUGUAAAAGUUGUGAUGCAGAGUGAAUUCAUAUUUUCAUUUUGGGGCAUUUCUGCUUUUGUAGACGUGUGAGGAAAGGCUGGAUUCAAGCCCACGACACUGCAGGUACCUGCACUACACUACACACCAGGGCUAUUCAAUCACCGGCCCGUGGGCCACAUGCGGACCAGAACCAGUCCCCGAGUGGCCCGGCCUGUGAAUUGAACUGAAUUGGAUUGAAGUGAAGUGAUGCAGAGUGCAACGUGUUUCACAAGAUUUCAGAUAUUCCUCCAGCGUUUUAGCCCAGGAAUGAAACCCCUGUAGCCAAGCAACAGUCUGCCCACGAUGCAACGCGUAGUAGUGCAAAAAAAACAAAACAAAAAAAAAAAACAUGUCAAAAAUAUGCUAUACUUUAUUUCAAAAUCAAGUUCAAACACCAAACCUGUGUGCUGAAUUUAAUAGCAUAUUUCUAUUAACAUUUAUCUGUACUGAUUUAAAAAAUUUGCUAUUACCAGCUGCUUACUAGGGUUGUUUGGUUUGUUUAAUAUUUGACCCAAUUCAGUUUGUAAUUGAAUAGCUCUGGCAUAGACUGUAUAUAAAUAUGGACAACGUAUGCUAAUUUCCUUACAUUGGCCAAACUGACGCUAUUGUCUUGGUGAUGCUACUUUAAAUACUUAAAAAAAAAACGAUGUGUAUUUUAGUGUUUUAGUUCAGCCCAACUCCUAUCCACUAACAUUGAGGGGGCGGAGCUUGUGACCAGCCAUCCACCAGGGGGAGCUCUACUUGCUUUGGCUUCACUUUUGAGGAGAGGUUCAUCUUUGUACAGGCUCUGGAUGUGUUUUGAUCUACAGCGACAGUAGAAGACAAAGCGUCUUAAAGGUUUUAAACAUAUCUGUGGAUCUUUCUUGGGAGUUGCCCCUCCCUCCCCAAAAAAUAAAUGAAUGUGUAGGUAGUUUUGGAGAUGACAUGGUUUUAAUCAGGACGUUUCUAAGGCCUCCUGGCAGUGGGUUACUUAACCGAGCCCCUGUUCCGCUUCCUCACUUCCCCCCCAGCUGUAGACCAGAACAUUGAGAUCAAACAGAGUAGUGGAUGGGUGGGGGUGGAUUGUGGGGGUGGGGUGCAGCGGGGUGAUCCCUUCCUGCUGUGUGAGCCUAAAUUAGAGAUUUUUUUUUUUUCCACUGACACAGAUCUGAGUGCUCCCUGUAGCAUUUAUAACAUAAAGUAGGUCUUUUCUCGUGUCGCUGACCCUCUUCUUCUUCUUUUUUCCCCCCCGUCUCUUUCAGAAAAUACUCUGGAAAUAAUACUGGAGAAUUCAGAAGCUCCAGUUUCUAGGUUAAGUUGUGCGUUGUGAGGAAAUAGCAGGUUAGCAGGUAACGGGGAGGUUUAAUGGAAACCUGUAUAGGAUAACCAAACGGAACAAGUGUAGAACAUUAUUUAUAAUUUGAAAGCACCUGUUCACACCUGUUUGUGCGUUAAAUACUGAUUCAGGCUGCGGUCAGGGAACAAGUUAGCUGGACAAAAGUAACAUAGAACAACCAACCGUCAGAUAAAACAACUAAUUGUCAUUUUUAAAUUUGGUUUAAUGUGUUAAUUGGUCAGUCGGACAAGCUAUUUUUUUAAUAUUUGUGCGAAUCAUUCAUUUACUAUCCAUUCAUUCAUUCUGUCCUCUGGAGGGUCAUAGGGUCAUUAACCUUCUUGCUGACCACUAAACUACUGUUGCCCCAAUUGUCAACAUAUAGCCUUAAAAUUGAAAUAUUAAAUUAUUAUUUUUUUUGUUUUUCUUGCACCACUUCUGGCUUUAUUCAUGUAAAAGAAUAUUAGUCUGAACUAAAAUAUCAGUUGACAAAAAAGGUGAGGAUUCAAUCUGUGGUCGUGUAGCAGAGGAACAACUAUCUGACCAGGAAACGACCUGAAGGAACAGUUUUGACGCUGCCCCCCAAACGCUCAACCUGUUUCUUUUUCAGUUGCUGUGGUUACAGUUGUGCCGGUGUGAGGUAACGGAGGCAGAAACUUUGCUGAGAAAUAGUUAAAAGGAGCAAAUACAUCACGAUCAAAACGCCGCCAGGCUCGGCUGCUGGCUGCCACUGAUCCCAGCAUGCUUUGGUGUUUAACAGAAACACCUCCUUAGUUUUAAUCGUGUCACACAGCCUCCGUGUGCAGCUGUGACCUAAGAAUAAAUGAAAACCAGCGUACUGAAUACAUUUACAAUGGCCGCAACUUUACGGGAGGAAAAUGUGGAGGGAUUUAACGACGGGUGGAACUUUUCCCGCGUGGUUUCCUGCUGUCUGGAUUUGUCAUCGUCUGGUCAUCUCGGCUUCAGUGUCUCAUUCUGUGAAACGUCCUCGCGACCGAGGCGCCGCUCGUGUAUUUACUACUCUGAAACAUCUGUAUGAUAACGUGAUCUUUGUAUCUUAUGCUGUUGUACAAAUAAAAGCUUCAUGGUACAUGA